AUGGUCGACACUUCACCAAAUCUGAUUCCAUUUGCGGAGCCACCCUAUGUCCGGGGUCUCCCCUCCCCCUAUAUCACCCCUGCACACCGUCGCUUCCAACAGGCAUGCCGGAAAUUCGCGACAGAGAACCUGCUCCAGAAUGCCCUCGAGUGGGAGCGCGAAGGAACCGUGCCUGAGCAUGUCUUCCACACAUUCUGCAAGCACAAUAUGCUCUUGCCUAACAUGCCGGCUCCCCUGCCAGUGAACUGGCUGAAGCGUCUGGGGAUCAAUGAUAUCCUGGGAGUCAAGGUUGAAGAUUGGGAUUAUAUCUAUACGGGAAUUUAUUGCGACGAGAUGGGCCGAUCAGGUCUCAGUGGCCCCGGUGGCUCCCUGAACGCCGGAUUCGCAUUUGGAAUCCCCCCAAUUGUCAAGUUCGGCAGUCCCGAGCUACAGGAACGGUUCCUGCCGGACUUGCUGACAGGCAAGAAGCGUGGUUGUAUCGCCAUCACAGAACCCGAGGCGGGUAGUGAUGUCGCCAACAUCACCACGACUGCAGUGAAAAGUGCCGAUGGCCAGCAUUAUAUCAUCAAUGGAUCCAAGAAAUGGAUCACCAACGGAAUCUGGUCAGACUAUGCGACCAUGGCCGUCCGAACAGGGGGUCCCGGGGCCGCAGGCCUCUCCGUGCUCGUCGUCCCCUUGAAGAACCACCCCGGCGUGACCAUGCGCCGACUCAAGGUCUCGGGACAAAUGGCCGGAGGAACCACUUACAUCGAGCUGGACGAUGUGAAGGUCCCCGUGUCCAACAUCGUCGGCCGCGAGGGCGACGGCAUGCGCAUCAUCAUGACCAACUUCAACCACGAGCGACUGGUCAUCGCCGUCGGAGUCACCCGCCAAGCCCGCGUGGCUCUCUCCGCCGCAUUCUCCUACUGUAUGAAGCGCGAGGCCUUCGGGAAGACACUGAUGGACCAGCCGGUCGUCCGGCACCGUCUCGCCAAGGCGGGCGCGGAGCUGGAAUCAAUGUGGGCGUGGGUUGAACAGAUCCUGUACCAGUUGGUUCACCUCAGUAAAGAGGAAGGCGAUCGCCAACUGGGUGGCUUGACGGCUUUGGCCAAAGCGAAGUCUGCCAUGGUUCUCAACGAGUGUGCCCAGACGGCUGUUUUGCUCUUUGGUGGAAAUGGAUUCACUAGGACUGGACAGGGUGAAUUGGUUGAAGCCAUUCUUCGUGACGUUCCUGGUGCUCGGAUUCCAGGUGGCUCGGAAGAUGUCCUCCUCGACCUCUCGGUGCGUCAGUUGGUGAAGAUCUAUAAGGCGGAGGAGAAGAAGCUCUCACAGGGCUCGAAGAUCUGA